UUCCCAGAUACGGAGAGAGUGAAAGAGAAGAGCUGCGACCCACGGAGAGAAACGCGGCAAGGAGACGGGAAGAAAAGGCAAAGAGGACGAGCGACAUCCUGGUCAGAUCUUUCAGAGAGCCUCCAAGACUGAAGAGUUGUGUCACAGAGAGCCAGGAAUGUCUGUGGCCAGCCCCCCAAAGCGCAUGGUGUCGUCGGUGUUCAUCACCUUGGCUCCCCCACGACGGGCACCGCCGAAAACACCACCUCAGGGUGCUGAAUCGCAGCCAACGAUCGCACAGACGGGGUCUCUACCAAACCAGUCUGUGGCACCAGCUGGCACACAAAAGGGCAUCACCAAUGGAGCCCUCAAGGCAGAGCCAGCAGGCACCACUAGAGCCGGGCAAAAUUCUCUCUCCAAUGGAGUCCAUCCUCGGACAUUACAAGGUGGAGCCACGAGCCAAAUAUCAGGACAGGCUGGGCAGAAUUCUUUUGUUAACUAUAACACAGAUCCUCCUCUUCCUUUACCUCCACCCCCAGCUGAGGAAGAGCUGCCUGCACCACCACCUCCAGCAGAUGUGGUCUCCAGCCGCAGUAGUCGGGGGCUCCAGACUGUACCAGGACAGCAAACCAACUCCAGCAAGUCCCACCAGAGAGCAAACGAUUCCACCACACUAGGAGCAAAUGAAGUGCUGCCCCCUGCAGGGAGAACACAGGCCGCGCUGGAUGAGUUGUGGCAAACCCUUCCUGUGCCCCAAUUUGAGGAGCAAGAGGAGAAGAAGCAGAAAAGUCCAGACAUCUGUGGAUUCUGCCAUAAGGAAGUCGACCUCAAGACUCCAGCCAUAGAGGCAAUGAAGAAAGUUUACCACGCUGUGUGCUUUACCUGUCGGACGUGUAACCACCCCCUGGCAGGACAGCUGUUCUACAAUAAAGAUGGCGUGCCAAUAUGUGACCCGUGUUACAAGGCCACUCUGGAAUGUUGUAGCCACUGCGGUCAGGUGAUUGAGAGCCGUGUGAUCCGUGCCUUGAAGAAAGCUUUCCACCCUGAAUGUUUUAUGUGCUCGGUGUGCCAGCACCAGAUAGGCGAGGAACGCUUUGCUGUGGAUGACAAUGGAGAGGUGUACUGCCUCCAAGAUUAUUACAGGAAAUUUGCCUCCGAGUGCAGCGCAUGCAAGAAGCUCAUCAUCCCUGGAGAAGAUGGAAAGGAUGCAUUCAACAUUGAGUGUAUGGGUCGGACAUUUCAUGAGGCCUGCUACUGCUGUGAGAAUUGUGGCAUUUCUCUGUCCCCUGAACCAAAUGAAAAGGGCUCGUUUCCCCUUGGUGACCGUAUGCUCUGCAAGGCCUGUCACCAGAUUCUGAGCCAGCAAGGUGCCAGCUAACGGGCUUAACCUGCAUCCACGAUAUCUUCAACCAUUCCUGCAUACAAUGGGAAGAUAGAAAAUCAUCAUCUAGACCGUCUGAUUGGUCCUUGCAAGAGCCAAUAUCUGCACCUCAAAUUUUCCUAUUUUCAGCAAAGCCAGCGAGUGAAUGACACAUCCUGUGGUCUUUUGUGGAACGAUGGCUGUGCCUUAGCACCACAAACUGUGACAAAGCAUCACACUCAUAGUGCCAAAAUUCAAAAAUCUGCCAUCAUAGAUGCCCGGUAUUAUUAAAGCUCCUGGAUUCACUGCAGCUCCAGAACGUGAAGACUGGGAGGGCGUCAAACCCAAUGGGAGUGAAGCCGUGUGUCUGUCCCAGAGGGCUCCUUUUCACUCUGCUGUUUUAUUUUCAAUCAGUAUGCCAAGUGUAAUUUAACUUGUUCAGACAAACAAAUCCCAGCAUUACAAGAUGGUAUUCAAGAAAUUGUUAAUAUAUUUGCUUAUAUAUAUAUAUAUAUAUAUAUGUGUGUGUGUGUGUAUGUGUGUGUGUUGUGAUUAUAUGCCAAUGUAUCUAUUUACCCGUCGCCAAAGGACCACAUACAUGUGAAUAAAAAUUGCACAGUAUUAAAAACA